GCCGCUAAGUACGAUUCCUGUAAGGUUAGCUAGGACAAGUAUACAAAAAAAGACAUCGGAUAAGAUAGAGAAUAAAAAAUCAUGCUCUUACAGAACUGUAGUAAAGUAGGAAAAUCAUAUAAGUCACAGAAGUAAUCCAAGUGAAAGCUCAGCCCGUAUAUAUACGGGCCCCGUAACGAAAGGGUUAAUCUUAUGUUUAUGUAAAAAUGAAACUGUUUGGAAUUAUUGUGAUAUGUUUCCCACACGAACGUAUGAGACUCCUGUUUUUUUAUCUAUCAUCAAUAAGUCAUAUGUCUUCAACUUUAAUCAAAUUGAAAAUCAAUGUUACAACGUUUAGUUGAUUGUCUUUAUCUUCUUGAUGGUAAUCUAGACUCUUUAUCAACAUUAAUUAUUAAUGUCGGACAGAUAUUUUAUCCAAUAUUAGACAUAGAUUCAAGAGUAAGUAGAUUUUCAAUGCUGAUCUUCUGGAAGAUAAAUACUAAACUAAAUAAGUUAUUUUUAUUUUAUUUGUAGAAAAAGUUUCCCAAAUUGAAAUAUUUUUCAUUAACUGCGUUUAGUUUCACAUGUUAUUAUGAUAUUGCGGUAGUUCCAUUACUUUGUCGAAUAAUAAAUCUUGAAGAAUUGAAAUAAUAUCUAUCAUUAACAAUAUUUGACUCGACGUUAUGUUGAUGGUAUUCAAUUAUAUGAUUAAUUUCUUAUUUACAUGACACAAUUAAAGAAAUUUACAUUUUCUAUCAACACAGAAGUCUUUUUACGAUAAAGUUCAAGUUGAACUUCCAUCGAAUGAAGAUAUUCAACGUAGUUUCAUUGGAAGAGGAUUGAAACAAGUUACUUCAUAUGUUCAUACUAAUUCAAUGAAGACUGAAGGACAUUGAUUUAUCUAUUCAGUUCUAUAUGAUUUCGAAAAUUUUGUUCAUCUCAACAAUUCUUAUAAAGGUGGCAUGUUUCAGAAAGUUCCACAAUUGAUAAUGUAUGAUAAAAUUCCUUUUGAACAUAAAUUAUUUAAACUAAUCUCUGAAGAUUUUCCUUUUCUUCAAUUCUUAUAUAUAUAUAUCUAAUGAUCAUCCACAAAAAGACAAGCCACAUUCAUCAACAUUAAUCACAUUUCCUUAUCUCACAUCUCUCAAUUUACAAUCUGCACAUGUUGACUAUGCUGAACUAUUUAUCUUGAAAAACAAUGUUCAUCUACCUCGUUUGUUAAAUUUUCGUAUCGAAUAUAAAUCACUCAUAAAGAUAACAAAUAAUUUCACCAAUGAUGUAACGUAUUUCAAUUUGGAUAGAUUGACAAAUCUUGAUGUAUGUUAACCAUUUGUUCGACCAGAAAAUUUUCAUCAAUAUUUUCCUUUGUUAUAAGUUGUGUUAAUAAAAGAAAAUUCUUUAAAAAAAUUAAAGAUUUUAUUUAAUCUGAACUCUGUUGUAACAAAGAAUAGAGAGCAUAGAUACAAUAAUAACCUUUAAUUAUCUUUUAUGCAUAGAAAAUUACUGAUUUUGUUCCAUAUUAAUAUAUGUUAAUGAUGUGUAAAAGGCAUUUUGGUGUGAAUUUCUCCGAACAAACUAUUUCUGCUUUUCUCUAGAAUCUUUAUUCAUAAUAGGAAUUAGAAGAAAAUAUUUUGUCAUUAUAGUCGUGUGACAAAAAAAAGCGAUGUUACUCAAAACUAUUCGAAGAAAUAAAAUAGAUACUCGACUGAUUAAAUACUGAUAGAUUUCAUUUAUAAUAGUUAAUGAAUUUAAAAAUAAUCAUGUGAUUUAAAAAGGUACAACUUUCUAAUUGUUCAUGACAAUAUUUAUAAACUCUUUUAAAUAAAAGUUGCUUAUCGAAAUUGAAAAUAUCCUCGAAUAGAAUAUUGAGUGUAAUCAAUUAUUGUUUCCAUAUAUGGUGCCAUCUCAUAACUUGAAUGUCUGUUAUUGAAAAAGAACAUGACUAUCGCACUUGGAACUAAAGACAGGUUUUACUUUUCAUUAAAGUCCAGUGAUUGUAAUCCAAAUGAAUUUCGUUCACAAGCUAUUCUGAGAUAAUAAUCCAGUUGGAAAUCUACUUCUCUAUCUCAUUCGAUGUGCUUUGCACUGAGAAGACUUUAAAUCUCAACCAGAUAUUUAAUAUUCUAUCCAAAUAAAUCUUAUUAAUAGACGACAGUUGUCAGCUUUAUAUAACAUUCACACAUCCGACGGUUACACAUACAUCAAGGCUUCCCGAUUAGGUAGAUCAAGAAGGACUUUCUCUCUACUCCCCAAAUUUCGAACUUUCUACUAUAUAUUUUGUAGAAUAAUUUCUAUGGAAUUGGUAACGUGCAGAUCAGCAGAAAAGCUCUAAUACUCUGAACACAAAUAGAGAAGAUCAGAUAAGACUGAUUCGAACGAACUACUUUGGGUUUAUACCAAAUGCUUUUAGCAAUUGAAAGAUGAACAAACACUGGUAGAAAGACUUUUUGUACAAACAUCAUUUUUCAUUCUGUCAAACAUUGGACCCAUUUCUAAUCAAUAUUAAGUCAGAGAAAUAUUCGGAUCAAGACAUUCGAAAAGAGCAAAAUUGAAAAGUUUUACAAGAGGAGUUACUUUUUGAAAUAUGAAUAAGAUCAAAUAAAACUUGGUGAAAGCCUAUAUUUAAUUAGGAUAUUAUUCAUUCUUGACCAUUCACUAUAUUGUAUACCAAUUUUAUUUUAUAAAUUCGAUUUCAAUUACUAUUAAUGAAAGAGUUUUUAGUUCUUUCGUGUUACUACAGCAAGUACAAGACACGUCUUUAAUUGUUUCACAGUUGUGUAUGAGUUUUUAUAUAAAAUAAAAAUAAUCUGAUUAAAAUAUUAGUGUAAGUUGAAUUGAAGAACAUUGAAUAGAUCAUAGACUAUUUUAUUCGAAAUUUAUCAAAAUGAUUCUUAAUGGAUGUAUCAAAGAGAAAUAUUAAUUUGAUAAGUGUUUCCUUUAAUCUCGAGCAUGUUUAAUAUUAGCUAUAAAAUAGGUUUAUUUUAUCUUUUCAGGGCAUGUCAAAAUGUCAGCACAUUUAUUAUAAACAGUUCAUUACUUUUCUCAAGCAAACUAUUGGACAAUCGUGCACUAAUCUUGGUUAUUAGCAGAUGAUACCAACAUUCCUUUAAAACAUGGAUUGAAACAUGUUCAACGUUUUCAAUGUUUGACUAUAGUCGAGAUGGAUAUCUACUCGAUCAACAUUUCAAUACCUAUUGUUGAUAUUUUACUAAGUGGACUUGCUAAAUUAUGUUUUAUCGUAAUACAAGUUAAAGAUGAUUCUCUAUUAGGUUAUCCAUUUUCUCACAAGUACAUUAUAGGCAAGUGACAUCAAUCAUUUGGUUUAAGCAAAAACGAUCAAGAUAAAAUAGGUGUAGAAAUUGAAAAUCAAACACUCUAUCCGUGUUGCAUAAUUAUUUAUCUGUAUAUUUAUUUUUCUUACAAGUUUGUAUUAAUAAAAUGAUUGUAAUUGAAGAUAUAACUAUAAGAGUGUUUAAUAUGGAUUGAUUUUCUAUAGAUUAUUGUUUAAUAAAUAGAUCAAGAUAAACUUAUCCAAAAUAUAGGGCAAAUAUGAUUCUUUGUCUAUUGGAAUAUAUUUGAUUUUAUAUUAGAUGAUAAUAAUCAAAGAAUUGUACUAAAUAGAAAUAAUAGUGAUAUAAGAAAAUUGAAUAUUAAUCAUCAUGUCAGUUCAUUAUUUAUCAUAGAAGAAAAUAAAUAAAUAAAAAAUAGAAUAUAAUGUUCAUCUGCUUUUUCAAUUGUGUCUUUUACUUAAUAUUGUUCUUUCGAGAUCAUAUUGAUGACACGCUUUAUAUCGUCAAUAAAAAAAAAUCCAGUUAAAAUCCAUGAAAUGAAAGCCGAUCUUCCUUUGUGACUCAAAUUAUUAGCGAUAGUGUUUUAGUGAUAACUUCUCUGAACAAGUCUCUAGGGUUGAUUUUUAUAGGGUAUCGAAAGUAACUUAACAUACAUAUUACAUGUAAAAAUUAUCUCUUGAAGAAUCCAUUGUUCCGAGAUAUACACGCUUUUAUUUUGGGAAGUCACGUCGGUAACGAAUGAAUUUGUCUAUAUGAUAAAAAUUUCAUAGUCCUGUUAUUAAACAAUUUCUCCUUGGAUAUUUUUAUUAGCUUUCAAAUGAUUUCGAAACAAAGGACGGAAAAAAAAAUAUCGUUCGUUGCUAUCUUAUAACGUUCGAUCUCUAUUCAAAUGAAAGAUAUCAGAUUUUAAUUAAAUGAAAAUCUAUUAAAAAUUAUUUAUUCUAAAAUAUUUUCUUGUUACAUUGACUAUCAUAGUUUAGAAGACAUAUUAGACAUUAUCAAUCGUUUUUCAUUUUGAAAAUAUACAAACACAAACAGAUACUUUGCAUUUUAAAGGUUCUCUCAUCUUUGAUCAUUUUCAAUUAAUUCAAAAUGAUUUAUUUCUCACAAUAUUAUAUUUGACAAAUAAACUAAACGAUUUGUUUUGUUCUUUUCAGGUAUCUUAUAUCAAAUAUAAUAAAUUAGAAAAUGUUAAUACAAAUAAAAUCUCUCCAUUAUAUCGUAAAUAUCGUUUGGAUAAUCAUUAAAAUCAUCGAAUAACUCAAUUAACUCUUCUAGAAAAUAUAUCAACAACAAAUGAAUUAAUUUAAUAUUUACAUAAUAAAGGUUUAGCAAUGCGACAUGCUGAUGAUGAACAUAUGAUGAUUCAUAAUUAUAUAAAUAAUGAUGAUGAUGAUGAUGAUGAUCAAAUAAAUCAAAUAAAACCAGAUGAAUUAAAAAUGGAAUUAGAUUUUAUCGAACAAUUAAUACGAAAAACAAAAUAUCAACUAUAUUAA